AUGGCUUACCAAGCAUCUCCGGGAGCUGGGGGCUAUGAAGAGGACCACCGGUUGCACGACCUGCCCUCCGGCAGCCAAUAUCAUCUGCCUCCACACGAGGGUUCUGAUGACGAAGAUGAACGAGCCCUCUUAGCCCACGGCCAGGGGCCCUUCAAUGGGCCAUUCGAUGAGCCUCACUCCGGGAUCGCAACUCCCCUAUCAGACCUGCUUCGAACUACACUCUGA